CAACCCUACUUCACUAUGAUGCUAAUCACCAUACGUGUUGGGUCUUCCGUGAUACUCGACUCGUCGAAAGGAAUUUGCAAAUUUGAGAGCACUUUCAUUCAUCAUUUUCUGAGACUGGCUCAGGAUGCCAUAAGAGUAGAGGUGACGGAAUUCAUCUCAUACGUGCAUGUCGCAGGAAGUGGGGCCGGGAAAUACAGUCCUCUGCUUGUUCACGAACACCACAUUUAGAACACAGUAGGAGAUCAUGAGCAGUUUGGAAUAUUGAAAGUAUUGGCGGCCAUGGCGACGCUUGUCACAUCUUAUCUUCAUGCAUGCAACGCAACCUUCGCAACCACCCUUCCUCGCCAUUCCAGAUUGUAAGCUCGUCUUCUUACAUAACUGGUUUCUGGGGUUUUAUUCCUUCUGUUUGGAGUCCUUUGCUGUACCACUUGCACCAUUGGAUACAAGCUCCAAGCGUUCAAUUUUCGCAGGUGUGCGGGAAGAAUCUUGGACAGAGUUUCUCAUCUCCAUCAGCUAGGAUUUUAAGGCGGAAUUAUGAUUUUAGAAGGGAAUUAGUGUCAGUAACGCGCAGCAUGGCAUCCAGCUUUGAAAAUCGUGAAGUGCUGGACUCUAAGUCCGCAAGCCCGGCAAUCUUCGAUGGCACAACGAGGCUAUACUUCAGCUCUAGAUGCCCUUACGCACAGCGAGUCUGGGUUGCUGUCAAAUACAAGGGACUGGAUGAAAUAGAAUGUGUAGAGAUUAGUCUUUCGGACAAGCCUACAUGGUACAAAGAAAAAGUGUACCCUGUUGGAAAGGUUCCAGCUCUGGAGCAUAAUGGUACAGUGACUGGCGAGAGUAUGGAUUUGCUGACCUACUUGGAUGAUCACUUCGGAGGACCGAAACUUGCACCUACUGAGGAAAGUAAGAAACAGGCAGCUGCAGAGCUCUUACAGUAUGCCGAUACUUUCAACAAAUUAGGCUUCACAGGGUUGAGUAUGAAGAGUUCAACCCCAGACGAAAUUGCAGCAGCUGUAGCCCCUGCAUUCGAUUUCUUGGAGAACGCUCUUGCAAAAUUCUCCAGCGAAGGACCGUUAUUUCUGGGAAAUUUUGGACUUGUGGAUAUCGUUUAUGCCCCUUUCAUUGAAAGAUUUGAGAUUGCAUUCGGUGGAAUCAGAAAUUACGACAUUAGAGCGGGCCGACCACGACUCGCUAAGUGGAUUGAGGCCAUGGACAAUGUGGAGGCAUAUUCAAGUACCAAGGUUCCUCGUGCCACUCUGCUCGAACUGUAUAAAAAGAUGCUGGAAAAUGACUACUUCAUAAGAGUUGGCGUUGCUGCUAACCAAAAUAAUUCUAGUGGAUCGUCAGUAGCUGUCAACUGAGGAUGAGGUCGCAUUCCUCUUUGAAGCUAGCAGAAGCAUGUAAAUUGUGUAAGUGGCAGCUUAGUUGAAAUUGACAGAAAACAAGGUCAAGAAAUUUGUCGACGGACAGAGUUGAGUCAUUGUAACCUUUGCAUCGCAUGUAUAGCAUUCUGUGUAAGAAAUUUUCUUACUUCUGUUAGGGGAUCUUGUUGUUCAGGGGUAAGGAAUCGUGGUGAAAUCAUACUUUUCGUGCACACCUUGUUUAUUGAUGUCGAUUGAUACAACUUUUAUGGAUAUAUAAAUACUAAAUUGAUGAGAUUGACAGUG